AUGACCAAGAAAAUAAUAAAAGUUCCGGGGGAUAGGGAUUUGGAGUUUUUACUGGGCAAGUUAAUGAAGCUGUGGAAAGUGGAUCUAAACGGAAAUCCUGUUUGUCUCAGACCCAAGUACAGGGACAGAUUGAUUUUGGUGUCCAAAUCACUAGAGUUUCUUGAUGGAAAAGAAAUUAAGAAAAUGGAAAGGCAAUUUCUAAUGAACUGGAAAGCAUCCAAAGAUGCCAAGAGAAUCAGCAAAAAAAAGAACAUGAAACGUGAGGAUGCAGGCAACAGCUUAUCCCUAAGUAACUUUGAAACAGUGCAUCACAUAGUUCCCGUUUACUACCCACAGGUGGGUAAGCCAAAAUUAAUCUUUUUCUCUGAAAUACAAAGACCUCUUGCAAAUGGAAAUGCUUCUCCAGAAACAACCCAAGGAGAUUCAAUGGUCAACGUGGCUGAAGAGAUGGGGAAUGUUUCUUUGAAGGACUCCCCACGCUCACCGACAAUAAAUGAGACACCUGAACCUCACCAGCUCCAAUCACACGAAAAAGAAAUUUCAUUUCCGGAAAAUGGGUAAAUUCAGCCUGAAGUGAUCUGACACGUUUACUUUUGUA